AUGACCCAUCAAACCCACGCAUACCAUAUAGUUAACCCCAGCCCAUGGCCACUUACGGGGGCACUUUCAGCUCUAUUAAUAACUUCAGGCCUGGCUAUAUGAUUUCACCACAACUCAAUAUUACUACUAACUCUAGGUAUAACCACCAAUCUGCUCACUAUGUAUCAAUGAUGACGAGAUAUUAUUCGGGAAAGCACAUUCCAAGGUCACCACACACCCACCGUUCAAAAAGGUCUCCGUUACGGGAUAAUUCUCUUUAUCAUCUCAGAAGUAUUCUUCUUCGCAGGAUUUUUCUGGGCCUUCUACCACUCAAGCCUAGCCCCAACUCCCGAACUAGGAGGAUGCUGGCCACCUACAGGUAUCACCCUGCUCAACCCCCUAGAAGUCCCACUACUCAACACUUCCGUACUAUUAGCUUCCGGAGUAGCAACCACCUGAGCUCACCACAGCCUAAUAAAAGGUAACCGAAAACAUAUGCUUCAAGCCCUAUUCACCACAAUCUCUUUAGGGAUAUACUUGACACUACUUCAAGCCUCAGAAUACUGUGAAGCAUCAUUCACAAUCUCAGACGGGGUCUAUGGAUCCACUUUCUUUAUGGCCACAGGAUUUCAUGGACUCCAUGUGAUUAUUGGCUCUAUUUUCCUCAUCGUCUGCUUCCUACACCAAUUAAAAUAUCAUUUCAUAUCCAACUACCAUUUUGGAUAUGAAGCUGCUGCCUGAUACUGACAUUUCGUAGGUGUAGUGUGACUAUUCUUGUAA